AUGAUCAACUGCCACGAAAUGUUAAUUUUCAUUGUGGUUCAAGUUUCAGGGAUGGCGCAGAUGUUGAAGAGGUCAUUUUCUGUGAGCGCCACCGCUUUCUCGGGUCUCGUCAAGGCUCCCGCGCAGGUUCAUGGUAUCGAAGGACGCUAUGCAUCUGCCCUCUACUCUGCUGCCUAUAAACAGAAGAGUCUCGAACAGGUGGACAAGGAUCUUCAGAAAAUCCGAUCCAUCUAUCAGCAAGAUGCCAGCUUUAGAGAGUUCGUUCUCAAUCCCACUCUCAGGGGACAGAAAAAGAAGGUUGUUACUUUGGAAAUCGCCAAAAAGCUCGGCUUGGCUAAGGAAUCGACUAACUUCCUUGGUCUGCUUGCUGAGAAUGGUCGUCUUAGCAAAUUGGAAGCAGUCGUUUCAUCCUUCGAACAUAUAAUGAGAGCUCACAGAGGAGAACUUUUUGUUCAGGUGACCUCUGCUGAACCUCUGACCAAGUCUCACGAGUCCGCUCUUAACGAUGCGCUUAACAAGAUGGCAAAAUCUGGGCAAAAGUUGAAUGUGACUUACACUAUCAAGCCGUCUAUUAUGGGUGGUCUAGUUGUAACUAUAGGAGAUAAGUACGUUGACUUGUCGAUCGCGUCUCGUGUCAAGAAACUCAAGGAAGUUAUUAUUGCCUCUGUUUAA